AUGAGGGCUGGAAAUAGCACAGUGGAAGUGGAGAUGGAGGUGUGGGGGAUCAAUCUGUAUAGUGUUCUCACCUCCAGCACUGUCCCAAAUAUGCUGGUGAACAUCCAGACAGAGAGCAAAAUCAUAAAUUAUAGAAACUGCCUCAGCCAGAUGUAUUUUUCCCUGCUUUUUGCAGGACUAGACAACUUCUUACUGGCUGUGAUGGCCUAUGACCGCUUUGUGGCCAUCUGUCACCCCCUGCACUACAUGGUCAUCAUGAACCCUCAGCUCUGUUGUCUCCUACUACUUGCAUCCUGGUUAUUGAGUGUUCUUGACUCUCUUUUACUAGACUUAAUGGUUUUGCAAUUGUCUUUUUGUACUGAGUUCAAAAUCCCCCACUUUUUUUGUGAACUUAAUAAGGUAGUCCAACUUGCUUGUUCUGACACUUUCCUCAAUGACCUGGUGAUGUAUUUUGCAGCUGGACUUGUGGUUGUUAUUCCACUCACUGGGAUCCUUUUCUCGUACUCCAAGAUUGUAUCCUCCAUUUUGAAUAUUUCAUCAGCUGAAGGCAAGUAUAAAGCAUUUUCCACUUGUGGGUCUCACCUGUCUGUAGUGUUCCCGUUUUACAGUACAGUUCUUAGAAUAUAUCUUAGUUCUGCUGUUACACAAAACUGA